GUGUAAGAUUAAUAUCACCUACUGAUAUACAGGUAGUAGUUUUGGAACUUUCCUUGUGGCUGUGUAUAUUUAAGCUGACAAGCAGAUUAGCACAAUCCACACACACAAGUAGAGGGGGGAGAAGGGGGAGAGACAGAGAGAUGGAGAAGCUGAUGGGGGUGAUGAGGAGGGGAAGCAGCAAGCUCUCUCUUCUGCAGAGGGUGACUAAUUCUUUCUCUACCCAGCAGGCAGUAGUAGAUCACCAGGCAGCCUCUCCAGCCAUCAGGGACCUCUCUGCUCUCAAAAUCAGCAAGCUACCUUCCCAGCUAAUUGGGAGGACGCCGUUGGUGUAUCUGAACAAGGUGACAGAAGGGUGUGAUGCCCGGGUGGCGGCCAAGCUGGAGUUCCUGCAGCCUUCCUUCAGCGUUAAAGACAGGCCGGCUUUUUCCAUGAUCGAAGAUGCUGAGAAGAGAGGGUUGAUAGCUCCAGGCAAGACGACUUUGAUCGAGCCAACGUCGGGGAACAUGGGGAUCAGUAUGGCGUUCAUCGCAGCUCUGAAAGGUUACAAGAUGGUGCUCACCAUGCCGUCAUACACGAGCCUCGAGAGGAGGGUCGUCAUGAGGGCGUACGGUGCAAAUUUGGUGCUGACUGACCCUGCCAAAGGGAUGGGCGGAACUGUGAAGAAAGCGUAUGAACUUAUGGAGUCCUAUCCCGACGCCUUCAUGCUUCAGCAGUUUGAGAAUCCUGCAAAUGAUAAAAUCCAUUUUGAAACCACUGGCCCUGAGAUAUGGGAAGAUACUCUAGGGCAAGUCGACAUCUUCGUUAUGGGAAUAGGGAGUGGAGGUACUGUGACUGGUGUUGGGAGAUACCUGAAAUCUAUGAACCCUAAUGUCAAGAUAUAUGGAGUCGAGCCUGCUGAAUCAAAUAUUCUGAAUGGUGGUAAACCAGGCCCUCAUCUAAUCACUGGAAAUGGAGUUGGCUUCAAGCCUAAAAUUCUCGACAUGGAUGUAAUGGAGAAAGUUCUUGAGGUACGAAGUGACGAUGCGGUGAACAUGGCGAGAGAAUUAGCACGAAAAGAGGGACUUCUGGUAGGGAUAUCAUCGGGAGCCAAUACGGUUGCAGCACUUAGUCUUGCGAGUAAGCCGGAAAACAAAGGGAAACUUAUUGUGACGGUUCAUCCGAAGCUUGGGUGA